GCCUUCUUUGCCUCAACUUAAGGAAAAUAGCCCUAAAAUUAUUUUUUUGGAAACAAAUAGUGAAACAAGAAGUUACUUUAUUUUUGGAAGAAUAAGGAAUAUAUCUAAGAUGUUCAAGUUUCUCCUUCUGUCACUACUCGCCAUGGCAGCAGGUCGAGACGAUUUAGAAUCAGUAUUAAGCCAAAUAUUCGGUUCGUCAACACCGGCAACCGGUAACACCGGUAGCGGUACUAACGCUGGUAACAUCGGUGGGAAUCUUGGUAACAAUAAUGGACCUUCUACUGUUAUACCGCCGGGAACAAAUGAUGUGCCUAAAAAUGACUCCUGUACUACUGUGAAUAAUGAAAAAGGCAAGUGCGUGAAGUACUACCUUUGUGACCGAAACGACGCUGUCUUCAAUGCCAGUACCGGUAUUAACCUUAGCGUCAUCGUCGAUCGAUGCUCUUCGUAUCUUGACGUCUGCUGCCGGCUGCCCAAUCAACAAUUUCCCGACAACCAAGAGAAAAACGAGAGUGAACAGGUGCCUAAUUCUGAGGCUCAUCGCUCUGGCUGCGGCUGGCGUAACCCUGAAGGGCUUGGAAUGAAGAUUAACAGUGGUACCAAUGGGGAAGCCAACUACGGAGAGUUUCCUUGGGUGGUCGUCGUUUAUAGUCGAUUUUAUAUAGACAACCACGCUAACCCAGAUGCCUUCUCCUACAAAGGAGUAGGCUCGCUCAUCCACCCAAGCGUAGUUUUGACAGCAGCGCACAUAUUAACAAACUACGAUGAAAUAGAAGAACCAGAGUUUCAAGUGCGCGCUGGUAACUGGAAAUUGUAUCCCGAUAACGAGUUAUAUCAGCAUCAGGACAGACAUGUGGAAUCGACACUCAUUCAUAAGGACUUUAAUAGCGGCAAUGUGUUCUAUGAUGCUGCCCUGCUAUACCUAUCGAGGCCCAUGGAGCUAGCACCGAACGUUGGGAUUGCAUGUUUGCCUCCACCGCGCGAACGCGUUGCGGGGGGCACACAAUGCUUCUCGUCGUGGUGGCCCAGGGAAUCUGGUUGGGAGGCAAUUCUGACGAAGGAGCAAGUGCAGGUCGUCGACUACAACAGCUGUCGAAACGACCUUCGAAAAACGCGCCUGGGAGAAAUGUCCGAGUUGCACACUUCUUUCAUGUGCACACGGGACGAUCGUAGUUCGAGUGUUGUUGACGGCGCGCCGCUGGUCUGUCCCAUUGAGUUUCAAGACGGCCGCUAUAUGCAAAGUGGAAUCGUAGCUUUGAAUGUUGGCAGCGAGGGGAACAUGCUGUACGUGGACGUGUCCAACAUACGGGACUGGAUCGAUGACAAGGUCAAAGGAAAAGGGUACAGCACACGAGAAUACUCUUUUAAUAUUUAAAUACUAGAUUUAACUAGAGAUGACAAUAACGACUAUUUGUCAAUAAUGAAUUAUUCCGCUAUGUUAUUUUUCAAUAACUGUUAUUAUAUUAUUUCCUGUUAUAAUGCUGUCAUGUCGUUUAGCAUGCAAUAUGACACACAUAGUAAGUAGGUAGAAUAAGUAUUAUGUAACCCAAACAACACUUUUAAUAACACUAAAAGGUUAGUUGGAAGAAAUGCCUUAUGGCAUAAACUCGCC